AUGUCAAAUGUUGAGCAUUCUCAGUCUGUAUCAAAUGACGAACAAUUGCCACUUGCAACACAAGAAGAAAUUGAUAGUUCUCAACCUAUUGAACAAACAGUUGGGAGCACUAGUACUGAAAUACAAGUUACAAAAGGCAGGAAGAGAAAAUCAACUGUGUGGGUCGAAGUAUCAUAUGUUCAAUGUGUUUGCUGUGGGGUGAAAAUACUUAAACCCAAGUCAGGUACAACCUCUCAACUUCUUAGGCAUGUUAAGGAAUGUGCUAAGAUAAAAUCAAAGAGUCAACAACAAGUUGACUUCUCAGACAAGAGACAGAAGUUACUGAACUUCUUGCCUUCAGAAGUUCAGGGUGAGUCAGAGAUUCCUAUUUUCUAUGAUCCCAAGAAUUUCACAUCGGGAAAAGAGGCCUCUGCUGCCAUGACAGCGUUAGAUGGAAAGGAACUCCAUGGACGCAUCGUUCGAGUUAGUUUUGCCACUGAACGUCGUGCUGGUUUUGGCGGCGGCAGUUACGGCGGUUAUGGUGGUGGUGGAGGUUAUGGUGGAGGUGGUGAUGACUUUGGCAGUGGAGGUGGCGGUGGUGGUUUUGGUAGCGGGGGAAAAUACAAUUUUAAUAAGGGUGGGAGAAAUAAUGAAGAUUUCAAGGGUGAUUAUGAUGAUGGUGAUGAUUAUGCAAACAAAAGAGGCUGA